CUGUGGGGAACGCGACGUAUACGUCUAUACGUCGAGACGUUCUUCCGUCGUUUUUGCGCGACAUCGACGGAAACGUGCGACGCGAGGCGACGGUGGACGAGGACGGAAACGACGUUCGUCGUGACUCGUCACGUCGACGAGGAACGGAACGACCGUCGACGACCGAACAUUGAACGACGGACGACGGAUCCCCGGGAUAAACGUUUCCCCCUCGCGUGCGCCCCCCUCCCUCCCCCCGCAUUCGCAUUCCCGGAUAAUCGCACGUCUUCAUUCAAAGAUCGCGCAAUCGGUCGCCCGUAUUUACAUCGGUCAGCCGAGCAGCUGUCAGUGCGCGACGAACGGUGCGAUCGCGUCCCAAGAUGCGCGACGAGGAUCACGAAGAUCACGACGAAUCGCGUGAAGCCAGGGAACCAGCCCAUCAUGCGAGACGUCCCAUGAAUGCAUUUCUGAUUUUUUGUAAGAGGCAUCGCGGCUCAGUGCGAUCUGGCUUUCCGCAUUUGGAAAACAGGGCAGUCACCAGAGUCUUGGGUGAAUGGUGGGCAACCCUUCAUCCCGAUCAGAAACGUUCCUACACAAAUCUCGCACAGGAAUACAAGGAUGCAUUUCUAAACGCAAAUCCUGACUUCAAGUGGUACAAAUUACCAGCACCUCCGCUACGUACUUUAAAUACUAGGCCUACCAACAAGAAGCAAGAGUCGAGUAGCGGUGUGCAAUCCACAGAUAGUGUCAAAACUGAAUAUGAGUCUUCCGAUUGUACAAAAUCAGACAGACGGGACGGACAAUCGAUUCAGCCAGGCAAAUUAGCGGACGAAUCGCAGAUUGGUGGGCUCAGUUCUCUCUUUACUCCUCAAAAGUCAGAGGUGUCCGAGGAACAGACCGUCAAUGGUAUUGCAGAAAUUGAUUCUGCCCCACCAAAACCACCCAAAAAGAGGUAUACAGAAUCACCUUUCCAAAGUGAUCAGAAGAGGGACUGCAAGACAGACCUCUUUGGCGAAAAGAAAAGAAAAAGAGCUGAGUCAAACAACAACGAACAGCACGAAACGAUCAUAGAAGAUGAUAAACAUACGAUAAAUUCUUUUGUGACAACACAUACACAACCAGAAGAGAAUAAUUUUCGUAGUGAAAGGACAUGUAAAGGUUUACGUUACCAAAAAUUUCUUGCUGAGCAGAAUAUCGGGCCUUCGGGUCAACAAGGCAAACGAAGGCGAAUAGUUGGAAGUCAUGGACACGAUGAACGUCCAAAUGAAAGAAGAAAUUCAAUUUCUUCAAACGUUAGUGAAAAAACAGAUUCCUUAAGUAGCGAAGGAGGAAACAGUUCUCGUGGAGAUUUAGAACAUCUUGUAGAAAGUGCUGAAGGAAAAAUGGAAGCUUCCAAACCUGAAGAUACAGAAACUGAAGGUGCCGAAGAUCAAGUGGAUUAUGGACCUUGGACAGCACGUAAAAGAUUUCGAGCCGAAGAUUUUAAUUUGGAGAAGAAAAUCGAGGCAUUGCCGUCUUUGAGUCUAGAGGAAUUUCAAGAAAAGAAGAAACAGCAACGUACGAAAAAAAAGAAAAUUUUGCAAAAAUUCAAUUCUUCAGCUAACAAGAAACAUCAAAAUAAUUCGUCUUCUGGUAGUCAGACUCAAAGAGUUAGUACAAUAAAUGAGAGUUACGAGGAAUCAGAGAAAGCCCAUCUUGUUGGAAGCCAGAAACGGAAAGCACGAAAGCAAAGCAUCACACGAAAUGCUGCGGCAAUAAAUUCUACCAAACAUUCUGAGGAUCAAGAACAAAACAAAUCUUGGUGCGCAUCUCCAGAUCUUGAAGCUCUAGCGUGUCUUGCAACGGUUGCCGCCAAUAGAACAAAACUUACCAAAAAUAACGCUUAAUUGUGUAAGGUCGCACUAUAAAAACCAAAACUUUAUUAAGUUUUCUCCAUGCAAUUUCCUAUCACCGGGACUAUUAAAACAUACUUUUUCAAGUGCUGUUAUAAACGAUACUGCUACAGUAUCGAUAACAUAAUGAUUAUUGUUAAUAUCUUUAUUGUUAAUCUUUACUAUUACAAAUAUUAAUAUUACGACUGCUAUUGACUAUAGAUUAUUCCAUUAUUCAGUAUGUGAGGGACGUAUUCUUUUUAUUUGGAAUAACAGUUUUAUCGAAAAGAUAGGAAGGUAAAGGAUAUCUUUUUUUACAGUUUAUUUUGUGAAAAGUCAUUUUCUAAUUACGGUUUGGAAUAGAUAUAUUACUUUAUUAUUUAUGUUUCUCCUAGUUGUACAUAAAACAGUUAAGUUAUCUAGUAUAAUUGAUUAUUUUAAUGCAAAUAGUAAUUAUUUUGUCAUGUGUUACUAAGUUCGAUAAUUAUGAUAAUAUCCUUAAUUAUCCAUACCUUUAUCUAUUCCUCGUUAAAAUCUUCAUAAGAAUUUCUAUGAAUCGUAAUAAUGCCAACAAUAAAUCUGAUUAGAUAAUGCGAAGCUGUGACUAUACGAAGAUGGAUUUAAUUAAAUGGAUAGAACAGGAUAUGAACACGCAUUGUACAUUCUAUUUUUUCACGAGGAAGAUUUAUAUAUGUCUUAUUUUCUUAACUUGUUGCUAUUCUUUUAUACAUACAAAAUUGCAUACGUGAAUUGGCAUGAUUGAGACGAUUUUACUGGGCGCAAAGUGUGACUCUCGAGAAGAAUUUAUUCUCAUUAUUAUUUCCAAUAAUGUGUAGAAGCGAAAAUAUAUUUUACUUUACUUUUUAUUUUAUUUUAUUCUAUCAGCAUUCGAUGUACAUAGGUAUAGGUGCAGUAUUAUAUAUAGAUACGAGAUGUGGAAUAUCCUUUACGAUCCGACUUGAACAUCAAAAAGGGUAUAAUCAAAAUAUGGAUAUAUGUGCGACCAUUGUUUAUAUGUUAUACAUGCAUACACGCUAUACACGCUAUAUUACACGUGUCAGUUUAAAUGUUUAUAGAUUUUCAAGUGUAUACACGAGUGCAUGUUAGAUGACUAUCUCUAUGUACUGAAAUACGCGUAUAUUCGUGUAUGCAUGUAAUAGAGUGAUAAGACUACUUGCAUAUGUGAAUGUAUAUUUAUAAUAUUUAUAUCAGCUAUAUAUAUAUAUAUAUACACAUAUAUAUCUUAUUAUAUAUACAUUGUAUAUUUAGCGUUAAGACCAGAGGAUGCGACUUUGUGCUCUGUUUGAGAAAGUAGAGACUUGUCUGUGAUUUUGGCUAAAAAGGAGUUAUUAAUAUUUUAUAUUUUUCUAAUGAUUUUUUUGUCUUUUCCUUUUCUCUUGUAUUUUCAUUCUCUAUGACAUGUAUAAAACUCUAUUUUUCUCUUUUUCUAUACGUGUGUGUAUAUAAAACUCUAUAAUUUUAUUAACAAUUUAACUUUGUGAACUCUUUGUGAAAUGGAUAGGAAGGAUGUAACGUUACGCAACGUUAUGUAACGUUAAUAGGUUUCUCCGUAGUUUGCAAAAGAAUGUACUGAUUAUAUUUCAAAUGUGCCUUGAAGAGAUAUGAAUAUAGUGAAAUAACCGACCAACAAUAUAUUUUUGAUUCGUUUCGCUCUUCUGACCGCAUUUUGGCUUUUACAUUUGUACCUAUCGCAGUAUGAGACUGUCUUGCUGCAGGACUUUACAAUCGGGCUUAGUUGCCAAUGUAUAAAAGAUCGGACGAUUUUAUCGAAAUCAGGGGAGAAUGUUUCGAAUUUUACUGCACAAAACAUCUAUGUACCUAGCUUUAAAAGAAUGUAUAAUUUACAUGAGUCUAUAUACGUGUACAUAUUAUAUACCACAUUUAUAUAUGAAUA